GUUUGGUACUGUGUCUGCAUCAAAUAACUCAUCAAAUAGCUCAGAGGAACUGAAGAGGAAAGCCAGAGCAGAGAGGUUUGGACUUCCUGUGACUGCGGAUGAAGAUGCAAAGAAAAAAGCUCGACUUGACAGAUUCUCAUCAACUUCAAAAACAGAUGUGGUGGAAGAAGAGAAAAGAAAAGCAAGGGAUAUCAGGUUUUCACAGUCUUCAUCAAAUUCUCUGUCAAUUAAUGGCAAAGGAAAUGUUGAACCAAAGGCAGUUAUUGCAGGCAAGGCUGGUGGAGAUUCCUGAAGAGAAAUAGUCUCCUUAAGUGUUAGGUGUAGUCUUCUAACUUGUAAUUCCCUCAGUGGCUUCCAUUCCCAUUUUUAUUUUCGAACAUGAAUUUCCAGAUGUGGCAUUCUUCAUUCUCAGUCUCUACAGGGCAUAGACAAUGUUUUCUUGGUAUGAAGAGCACUUCUUCAGUUUUUUCUAGAUAUACCUUCUUGUAUCAGUUUAUCUUCUGAGGGCUGAAGUAAUCAACAACUACCUUUUUUUGUUUACUUAUCUUAAAAUCUACUAGGUAUGCUUGAAUUCUGGGUGUAGAAACUAGGGUGCUGAUAAUUAUUUGAUUUAUAUAUUUAGCCCUGUGAUUUGCAGAAAGUUCCUAAUGUUUGCUGAUUCUCAUUUAACAGCACGCUCAUGAUCCAUCAGAAAACAGCAGUGUUUAAGUAGUUAUGGCGAUAUAUGUUUUAAGAACUUGAGAUUUCAAAAUAUGUUAUUUUGCUUCAUUAGGAAGUUGGGGAUGAUUCGUAUAACUUUCAAAUUGAAUUGCAGAAUGGCUAAUUAAGAAUGUAAUUUACUAGGGAAUGGAUCUUAUUCUAGUUGAUGUAAGCAUAUGUCCAUGGUCAUUUUUGCUUUUGUGGUUGUAGCUGUAGAAGUUAUAAAGUUAACUGCCAUCUUAGAAGCCUAGACUUGCAGCUAAUGAAUAUUUUAUGAGGAACGCAGUCAUUAUAUGUAUAAAGCUUGCAUGUCUUUUUAGUUUGUUUUUACUCUUAAGUCAAUUCUUUACUUAAGCUUUUUAUAAUUAAUUUAAGCCUUUUCUUUUCUUUUCUUUUCUUUUCUUUUUUUAAAGUUUUCCCUAUCAUGUCAUACCAUUUCACUGCAUGAGAAAAUAUUUUACAACUAAUAUUUAAUUGGAUGACAUUAACUCUACUAGGUGGUCCAUAUUCAUAGGAACUUAGAAGGAUUAUAUUAGAAUGGAAUAGAAACAUUAUGGUGGGAUAGAAAUAAGUGCAUGUGUUACCUAAUGCUGCUGUUUGAAGUUUGAUCAUGAUAUGUGUGUUUGGAAAUGGAAUGCUCAACAUGGUUUGAAUGUAAUUGAAAGGUAAAGCCAUCAGUGAACUUCAGCGGUAUGUACUUAUUAUCAGAUUGAUAAGUGGGGUUCAAAUUAGAAGAUGUGUGAUUUAUUGCUUCAGAAUAUCUGAUAUUCCUAGCUGUGCUAUUUUAAGAAUAGUAAACACUGCAAAGGUGUUGUUGAUUACUUUCUGGCCUCACAGUAGAUCGUUCGAGCUGCAAGAUAGGGUUUUGGGAAUGAAGGAUAUUUUUGAUU